CUGAUCUCCCACAUUUUGACUCCCUGUGAUGAAAUUAAGGAGAAGAAAAUGUAUGCCUUCUUGUGCCUCUCACCAAGGAGUUGAUGAAGAUGAACUGUAUUGGGACGGGAAGGAACGAGAUAAGGAAUCAGCAUGGUCGCAUGAUUCUGCUCACCUAAUAUCACAGUUAGCUCAGUGCUUUACUAAUGCUAUGGUUGGACCACGAUCGUGGGUAGGACUCUUUAGCCGCACCACCAACAGAAGAUUCGGAAGCACCCAAUUUCUCGAUUACACUUUGACCCCUAUGCAGGAAGAAAGAUUGCAAUGCCUUAAAGAACGUCUAGGUGUUCCUUAUGAUGAGACACGAAACGAACAUCAAGAAGCUCUUAAAGCCUUGUGGAAUGAGGCAUUCCCUGAUGUUAAGCUUAAAGGUAUGAUAUCCGAUCAGUGGAAAGAUAUGGGAUGGCAGGGAGCAAAUCCGUCGACUGAUUUCAGGGGCUGUGGCUUCCUCUCACUUGAGAACUUGCUAUACUUUGCCCGGAAUUACCCGGCUACUUUUAAUAGGUUACUUCUAAAGCAAGCUGGGGAACGUUCCGAAUGGGAGUACCCGUUUGCCGUUGCUGGCAUUAACGUCUCGUUCAUGCUGAUUCAGAUGCUAGAUUUACAUUCAGAAAAGCCCAGAUGUCUUCCUGGAUUCAACUUUCUCACAUUAUUAGGAGAAGACGGAGAUGCAUUCGACAUCCUCUAUUGUAUAGCUUUCACGAUGAUGGACGCUCAAUGGCUUGCAAUGCAUGCUUCAUACAUGGAUUUCAAUGAAGUGUUGCAAGUAACAAGAACACAAUUGGAAAGAGAAUUGUCUUUAGAAGAUGUUCGUGGAAUACAUGAUUUGCCAGCUUUUAACUUUUUGUUUCAAUAGUUAUAUCUAUGUUUCUAAUCUAUCUAUCAUACAUAUAUACUUAGCUCCAAGAUUUAGAAGCAAUGCGAAUUCUUCCUCUUUUUAUGGUGUCUUUAGAGAUGCACCGGGCGGAUUAGUUUACCUGGUGUAGCAUCUACCAUCCGUGUCGGGCUUAAGCCUGACACGGACGUAUCGGAUCAUGUGGAUGGCCCUUGAUGAGACAUUUGAUGUAAAUCUGUACUAAUUCGAAUGUUGUAGCAUCUAUGAAAUCUAUACUAAUUCGAAUGUUGUAGCAUCUAUGAAAUCUGAGGCACCUAAUGUGGUAGUCCCUUCGUCUCCUAAGAGAUAAACUAUUUGACAGUA